AUGGCGGAAGAUAUCUCCAGCUGGAGCGUACUGCAGGAAGAGAACCUGUCGCUACACAAUGGCAGACUCUAUGGACCUCACGUAGUAGCAGCGGCCAAAAAAGCUGAAGCUAGAGCGGCAUGCCUAGCAAGACUGAUGCCGAACAUUAGGGGACUUGAUAGCAGCAAGAGAGCGGUACUAGGAGGAGUGGUACAGUCCAUCCUACUGUAUGGAGCUCCGAUUUGGUACCCAGCCAUGAGGAUGGAGAAGUACAGGCAAAUUCUGACCAAGCCCCAAAGAAAGAGCCUAGUCCGGAUCAUAUCUGCGUACAGAACAGUGUCUGCAGAAGCGGCACAGGUCGUAGCAG